AUGUCGGGCACCUCGACAGGCCGCAGCUCUCCGAGUGACCCGGGAUCUGGUAAUUCCAGGAUGCCAUUUGGUCCAUCUCCGGGGUCCAUCGGUAGUUCGAGGCCGGGGGCUGGCUCCCCUUCUCAUGACUUGGGAUCACGGCUGUACUCGAAACGAGCCCGCGAAAUUCAAGCGCAAGAAGGUGUUUCGCCCAGUAUCUGGGGCCCUCCCACUAGCGGCCACUCAACUCCGCUUCGCGAAAAUAUUCCUGAAUCGCCGAGCCAGGACAGUUUUCCCGAUCUCAUCCCCACCACCAAUGGCUCCAUCGGCAGCCCCGGCCGCCGAGCUCGUGCUGGAACGGUUCCAUCUCGCUUCCCUCCGAUGAGCACGCUGAAUGAGAUGGAUCUCCAGCAGCCUUUCAUGUCGCAGAGUUCCCGGCCCACACCCUCUACAAGUCCCUUUAGACCCCCCGGUGUGUCUGGAAUCGACACGGGCUCCAAGCCUGCGAGUUCCGCUGCUGGACCUGCCCCGGCAUCUCUAUCACGCCUUCGCGCAGGUUCCAUGCCACAAAGGAGUAACUUCCUGGGCGCAGGUGGUCCCUUCGGUCCCUCGCUGUUUUCAACCAACUGGUCCACGGGCCGCGAGAGGGCCACAACAUUGACGAGCAUUCGAUCUUCAGAGGGACCGACGUCGCCAAGCCACUCCUCAUUUUCGAGGGAUGGCCUGGCGGACACCGACGUGAAGACAUUGGACUACUUGGGUCUCGCUGAGACUCCACAGCAAGCGAUGGCAUCUCUUGCGCGUCCAUCGAUGGAACAAUUGAUGCAACAUCAACAGCAGCAGCAACAGCAGCAAGCUUCUGCGCUGCCGCCACUCCUGGCUGAGCUGGCGAUGAUGAAGAAUAACAAUCGAUUCCGCUCAUACUCCGUCAAUGCCAAGGAGAAGUACGCAGAUGACGAGGAUCUCGAAUAUGAGAACCGCUAUUCUCAGGUCCCCUCUGGCACCAUGACUCCCUCUGCCGCCGCCACCGCUGCUCAGCUUGCAGCCACGCAAGCCCAAAUCCACCAGCACAAUCUUGCUGUCCAGGCCUUUGCCAGCCAUGCUUCCGUUAGCAGGCCCCGGGCUCGGACUGCUGGCAUUUUGGAGGCUCCCCCUCAGCGAUCUUCUAUCCGCAACUACCUUGCAACUCCCUCUCGUCUUGACAACAGCUUCAGUGCGGCGGACUUGCAGAUCCCGGAAAACCUUGAAUACGACGAGCUGUCCGAGGCUGUUCAGCUGAUGAAUCUCACUUCCCAAAACCCUGUGGGGGCCCGCGAGAUGUCCGACGAGAACAACCAGGAUGGGCCGACUCGGGCAUUGUGGAUCGGUAGCAUCCCCGUUUCCACAACUGUCACAUCCUUGGAGGCUAUCUUCGGCAUGUAUGGCAAGAUCGAGUCGACUCGUGUUCUUACCCACAAAAACUGUGGAUUUGUUAACUUCGACCGGCUCGACAGUGCCGUGCAGGCUAAAUCUUUGCUCAAUGGCAAAGAGAUCUUCCCUGGUGCUGGACCUGUCAGAAUCGGUUACGCUAAGGUUCCUGGUGCUUCGGCAACUGGCACUCCCGGUGCCAACGGCAUCCAGUCCUCCCCGACUCCUGAUCCCACCUUCAGAUCCAACCUUGCCGCAGGCGACGGCUCGGAUCGCACCGAGAAUGUCCAUAGUCUUCCUCAAAUCCCAGCAUUGGCUGACAUGCUGCCUGAGAUGGUCCAGAUUGUGCAGGAGUUUGGCGCCAGCGAGACUGAUCUCCAGAACAUCACGGCAAGCAUUCAGACCUCCAUCGCCUUCCAGGCGUUUGAGGAUGAGAUUCCUUCUGUUCAGGAACCAAGUCAGUCACGUAUGUUUGAUGCGCCUCGUCUACGCGACAUUCGCAAGCGUAUCGACAAUGGUGCCUGCUCGAUUCAGGAGAUCGAGGAAACCGCGGAGGCCAUGCUACCUGAGAUCGCAGAGCUGGCUUCCGACUACUUGGGCAACACUGUAGUUCAGAAGCUAUUCGAGUUCUGCUCAGAGGCCACCAAGGAGCAGAUGCUCAGUCACAUUGCUCCCCACCUCUCCGAAAUUGGUGUCCAUAAAAAUGGCACCUGGGCUGCGCAGAAGAUCAUUGAUGUCGCCAAGACUCCUGCACAGAUGCAGCUGAUCGUUGAUGCUCUGCGACCUUAUACUGUGCCUCUGUUUUUGGAUCAAUACGGAAACUACGUUUUGCAAUGCUGCUUACGAUUUGCCAGCCCCUUCAACAGCUUCAUUUUUGAAUCCAUGCUUAACCGCUUGUGGGAAGUGGCUCAGGGACGUUUCGGCGCUCGGGCAAUGCGGGCUUGCUUGGAGAGCCACCAUGCCACUAAGGACCAGCAGCGUAUGCUUGCGUCUGCAAUCGCGCUUCACGGUGUGCAAUUGGCUACGAACGCCAACGGUGCUCUCCUCCUGACUUGGUUCCUUGACACCUGCACAUUCCCUCGCCGCCGAACUGUCCUCGCCCCGAGACUUGUGCCCCACCUUGUUCAUCUUUGCACUCACAAGGUUGCCUAUUUGACCGUUCUUAAGGUCAUCAACCAGCGUAAUGAGCCGGAGGCUCGCGACAUUGUCCUCAAGGCAUUGUUCUUCAGCCCCGGUGACGAAGUUUUGGAAAAGAUCUUGAGUGACCAGACCUCUGGUGCAACCUUGAUCUUCAAGGUUCUCACCACCCCCUUCUUUGAUGAAUCCAUGCGCGCCGAAGUCGUCAAGAACGUGUCGAAGGUGCUCACCAAGCUCAAGGCUUCUCCAAGCCAGGGCUACAAGCGCCUCAUGGAUGAGGUCGGUCUUUCCUCUCGCGGUGGUGGUCGUGAACACCAUGGACGAGAGCAGGGAGCCGGCACUCCAGAGAAGUCGCAGCACCGUCAAUCUUCACGCCACGGCAGUACAAGCUAUGCCGCUCAGCCAUCCAUGGAUAGACAAUACAAUGGCCAACAACAAUUUGCCACCAACCCAUAUGGACAAAACCCGGACUCUCGUCCCAUCUCCUCCGAUCAGGCAAACCCUCCACCUCUUGACCCCUACUCCAACGGCCUAGGAACCAACCCAAUGAACGGCAUGCCCGGCGGACCAUUCGGCCAGGAGCCUAUCAGCCAGCAACAGCUGCAAUACCAGGCCUACCUUGCUGCCCAGGCCCGUGGCGUCUCCCCAGGCUACCCGGGAAUGCCGGGCGUCAACUACGGGUAUCCAUCUCCCCAAGACAACCUUCGGUCCUUGCAGCCUCAGCAGACUGCGCCGCUUUCCGCUGGACCUGGUCAGAUUGGUCCCAACCCGAUGCUUGGUCAGAACUAUCAGCAAUUCAGCCCAGUUGUCAAUCCCGCACAGAUGUAUCAGUACCCCCCUCAAUAUUACCAACAGGCACAGCCGGUGCAGGGGCAGGGUGGAGGUCGACGUGGACGGGUGAGUUCAUUCUCUGAUCGUCCCUAA